CCAUUGGAGAAAGAAGGGAGGUCAAAGUUGAUACAUUGUGCAACAUGUUUUUUACGUUGCAGUCUUAGAAAAACGUGACACAUUCGUUAUAGUUCCAUCAGAACCGUUUCGGUGAAGUUAUUUUGAACAACUUGGUUAAUUUUCAUGUUCGCACGUGUUAUGCUGUGCUUUCUCGCGUUUGUACGGGUAAAGGGAAUAUUCUGGAAGCGCUGAAACUGUCCAGGAACCGUAAAGUAAGGGCAUUUGAAGCUGCGCAUGCGGGUAACAGUUCUCGAUAUUUCCUCACGUGGAGAGAUUUCUUUCAGUGUCUCAGAUCAGAUCAAGAAGAAAUCGGGGCUCCACAUCACAAAGAAUAAAAUACUUUCUCACAAAAAUGGCUUUCAGGAAAUUCCUUCCCAUGUUUGACCGGGUGCUGGUGGAGCGUCUGGCCGCUGAAACUAUGUCAAAAGGGGGCAUCAUGCUGCCAGAGAAGGCCCAGGGGAAGGUUCUGCAGGCCACCGUAGUGGCAGUGGGACCAGGCUCCAUCAACCAGGAUUUCUACAACUGGCCAGAUGAAUCCUUUGAGGAGAUGGACAGCACUCUGGCUGUACAACAGUACAUUCAGCAGAACAUCCGUUCGGACUGCUCCAACAUCGAUAAGAUCCUGGAACCACCGGAGGGGCAGGAUGAAGGCGUGUGGAAGUACGAGCACCUGAGGCAGUUCUGUUUGGAGCUGAACGGGCUAGCGGUGAAACUGCAGAGCGAGUGCCACCCGGACACUUGUACCCAGAUGACGGCCACCGAGCAGUGGAUCUUCCUAUGCGCUGCGCACAAGACCCCCAAGGAGUGUCCCGCCAUUGACUACACCAGGCACACGCUGGACGGAGCUGCCUGCCUUCUUAACAGCAACAAGUAUUUCCCCAGUCGCGUGAGCAUCAAGGAGUCGUCGGUCGCCAAGCUGGGCUCCGUGUGUCGUCGUAUCUACAGGAUAUUCUCUCAUGCCUACUUCCACCACCGCCAGAUAUUUGAUAAGUAUGAGAAUGAGACCUUCCUGUGCCACAGGUUCACACGGUUCGUCAUGAAAUACAACCUGAUGUCCAAGGACAACCUGAUUGUUCCCAUCCUGGAGGAGGAGGUCCAGAACGUCUCUUCUGGGGAGAGCGAGGCCUGAGAGGAGAGCUGCACACAGGAGACCAGGCGUGAGUUCAAAUACUACCAUUCAAAUACCGCUUGGCUGAGCUCGCCUGUUGCCGUGGGAUUAAUAGAAGAGUCCCCCCGGUGAAAACCUUGCCCACGUGCCACUCUCUGUAGGCUUAAGCAGACGCUCAACGUAUUUGAAAGAUUUCCAAUAGUAUUUGAACCCAGGUCUGCUGCAGCGAGACACUGCAGACAGGCUCUCGGUACUCUCCGGGGAACGUUGCUUUAACGUUUGGAGCAGCUGGAUUUGCUUAACCUACGUAGAACCAUAUGUUGACAAAAGGCUCCCUGUAUAUAACCCCCUCUUUCCCUGUCCCCUCCACCUCCAGGAUAUCUCUGGUGCUUUGCCUUUUCUUUCCUUCUGUUUGCUUUUCUCCUCUAUUGCUGUAUUAUAAAUGGACCCAUGGCCUACAGUUGGGAGAAUAGUAUAGUUGGAAGAUACAGACAUUUCCACAGCACCUAUUGGAAGACAAGAUGAAACCAUUACAGUGUUUCUAUGUUCAACAUUUCCAUGUGGCCCUUGGUUUUAGAGGCCAUGGGCAGGCAACUCUGAUCCUGGAGGACCAAAACUUGUUUGGUUUUUACCUGCAAGUUAAUUGCACUCACCUGGGUCUGAAUUAGUCCCCGAUUGGGAGAGAAUUAAACCAAAUGUGUUUUGUCCUUUCAGGACUCAAGUUGUCUACCCCUGGUUUAGAGGCUAUGGGUCUGGAUUUAGGUUCAGUAUCUUUGUCCUUUUGUUGCUGAAUACACACCUUCACUCGUUUUCCGUAACCCUCCCCUCUAAAUUAUUUUGUUGUCCACACACCCUACUUUUUUUUUUUUUAUGGACUGCAUUUUGUUACUGUUGACAUUUUAAUGUCUGUUAAUAA